AAAAAAAUGGCAGAAAUCCAAGGAUGCUUUAGCAACUUCAUAGAUAGAUGCAAGCCUUACAUAGCUAUGAUUUCUCUUCAAUUUGGUUAUGCUGGAAUGAAUAUCAUCACUAAAGUUUCCCUCAAUAGAGGUAUGAGUCAUUAUGUUCUUGUUGUCUAUCGACAUGCCUUUGCAACUGCUGUCAUAGCUCCAUUUGCUAUCAUUCUUGAGAGGAAAAUUCGUCCAAAGAUGACAUUCAAAAUUUUCAUUCAACUUUUUGUUCUGGGUCUUCUUGGACCGGUGAUUGAUCAAAACUUCUACUAUGCUGGGUUGAAAUACACAUCCCCUACCUUCUCUUGUGCAAUGAGUAACAUGUUACCUGCUAUGACAUUUGUUAUGGCAGUUCUCUUCAGGAUGGAGAAAUUAGAUUUGAAGAAAGUGAGGUGCCAAGCUAAGUUGGUGGGAACUGUAGUAACAGUAAUGGGAGCAAUGUUGAUGACCUUGUACAAAGGACCUAUUUUGGAGAUGGUUUGGACACAUAGUGCUCACAAAUCAAAUGCACCAGAUACAACUGGAAACUCUGACAAGGAUUGGGUUAAGGGCUCUAUUUUCCUUAUCAUUGCUACCUUUGCUUGGGCUUCUCUAUUCAUUCUUCAGGCAAUUACAAUGAGGGCAUACUCAGCUCAGCUUUCUCUCACAGCUAUGGUUGUCUUUUUGGGUACCCUUCAAUCUAUUGCAGUUACCUUUGUAAUGGAACACUCAACCUCUGUUUGGUCCAUUGGCUGGGACAUGAACCUCCUUGCUGCUGCCUAUGCUGGAAUUGUUUCUUCAAGCAUUGCUUACUAUGUACAAGGACUAGUGAUGCAAAAGAGAGGACCUGUCUUUGUGACUGCUUUCAGCCCUCUGAUGAUGAUCAUUGUGGCCAUCAUGGGUUCUUUCAUUCUUGCUGAAAAGAUCUACUUGGGAGGUGUUCUUGGUGCUAUCUUGAUUGUUGCUGGUCUCUACUCAGUUCUGUGGGGGAAGUACAAAGAAUAUAAGGAGAAGGAUGCUGCAGAGGCAAUACCAGAACCCAUUAAAGGUGUUGUUGAUGAGAAUGGUGGGACCUUAACUAUGAUUGAAGACAUUGAUGAUCAGAAUGAUAUUGAGAUGCAGAAAGCUGCAGCUAAGCUUAAGGGAAAUGUCAACAUCUCCACCUCAGAACCAACUAUGAUCAGAGCUAACCAAGCUCCAAAGCCCUAAAUAUUUCAGCCAGAGAUGAGAGAAGCUUAUAAACCUACUUACACAGAGAGA